AUGUACCAGCAGCAAGGCCAUAGACCGGGAGGCUUUCCAUACAAAAAGAAAAACAACCCCGUGGUCACUCGCUACCCUCCUCCACCGGGCUACCAACCAGGCUACCAGCAAACUGGUUACCAACCCCAAUGGCCUCAAGGCCAGCAAGCUCCAGCUCCCAGUACUCAACAGGCAUAUUCCUAUCCAAAUCAAGUGCAUCAGUCUCCCCAACACCAGAGUCAGGGAUAUUCCCAGCAGUCACCGUAUGGCACGUAUCCACAGGCGGCCCCCCAGCAUUACACCCACCCUUCCAACCAUAGUGGCUACUAUCAACCGCCUCCCCAUAAUCAAUACACACCGCAGGUAGUACAACAACAGCAGCAGCAACCUGUGCAUCCCCAACAGUAUCAACACCAACAUCAGCACCAGCCAGCCCUGCAGCACAAUUCCUCGUCUUCCUACACAGGCAAUUCCCCUCAAUCUACAUUCUACCCUACAUAUUCGAGUCAUGUGUCAGCCUCACCCCAGAGCGCACACAGUGCACAAGGAUCAUCCUCAUUUACACAUCACAAAGGUAUGCAAAAUGGCCAUCCUUAUGGUCAAACUUAUCCUCCCCAAACGCACAUCCAGAGCCAUCAUUCGCGGGCCUCGCAACCACCUGGUCCGCAGUAUCCUCAAAGCCAAGGAUACGACUGGCUCGGUGGUGUCUAUGCGGAUGACAUGGGUACUGACGCUAUUAUUCCGCAUGUCGAUGAAGCUCCGCCACCACGAAAGCUUCCUAAAGAAGGACCGUGUAUCUUUGCCCCCGAGGAUGAGCAUGUUUUCUGGGAUUUCGAGAACUCUGUCGGAGCAUUCUGGCCAAAGGCCGGAGACUACGUAAACCCUCGAACAAGCAUAGGUGUUCAAGUUUGGCGGUCUGCUCAAAGGCUCACGCGGCCGCUACCAAGCUUAUGGAAGGAAGCCGAAGAGCAAGCACAAGCACCUCCUAAAGAACCACUCAACUAUGGCAACUCUGUUUCAGAGUAUCAUACUGCUGAGAAUGCUCACGAGUCUCAACUUGACGUUCGGCAGACAGACUUUUGGGAAGAGGUAAAACACUUUUCAGAGUUCAAAGAAUUACAGAUACCACGGACGUCAAAUCCUAGAACCAUAUCCAAGGAUGAAUGGAGCAUCAUGGACUCUUUAGACCAAGCAUUGAAUACCUCAAUAAAUUCUCAGCCCCCGACAUCUUUAAGCCUACAAGGUGGAGAAAAGCAAAAAACCUUUGGAUUUUCAGUUGACAGCAACCACCGUACCAGUAGUCAGUCAUCGAGCAAUGGAAAGCGUCGGUCUCCCGGACAGGAUUAUAGACAGACGAAGCCCCCUACCGAUCUAACACAAAAUGCCGAGCUAGACGCUGCCCAGGAGGAGAUCCUCGCCCGAUUAGGUGUCUCAGGGCCAGCGAAACCUUCUGUUUGGACGCCUGCUGAUGUUGUGCCUGGGUCUAUACCAGGUGCUCCACCUCCGCCGCCGCCGCCACCACCACCGGAGCCCCAAAUGAGGCGCUCACCGUCAAUAGAUCCCUGGGCGGAGAAUCGAGACCGACGUUCCCCCUCACGACAGUCUUCUGGCAGCCACAAAACAAUUGCUGGUUCGGACUUUGAUCCAGACGGCCAUGACUCUCGUGUACUGAAUGAAGAAUCGAUCAAGACCGAAGAUGUUACGCAUAAAACGGAAACUUCUCUCCUUCGCAAGCGAUCACGAGGUAACGACCUUUCGCUGUAUGCCGCUUCGGACCUUGGCCGUAAUCAAGAGGAUGAUGGCGGCAGACAAGCUGAUGAUGGUGGUAAGAAGAAGCGGCCUAAGCUGAACGGCCGCAUCAGCUCCGUAUAUGGGUAA